CCCACAAUUUAGUAUAAUAAAAAGUGAUAAUAAGCAUGUCCGGAAAGAAUCAAUACAAUGUCCUGGUGGACAUGGAUGACAAUUACACUCAGCCUGCCACUAUUGAGAGCGAUGGGCUUGAAUUCCAAGACUUCUCAAGUAGCCCAAGUGUCAACAAGUCGACAGGAGCUCCACCCCCACUUUCUAUGAGAGCUCCUGAUUUCUUUGAACCACAGCAGCAGGGCAGCUCUAGAGGGGUUGGAAAGCCUAUCUGGUCAUUGGAUUACUACGCAGGAUUUUUUGAUGUAGACACUUCCCAGGUUAUUGAAAGAUGUGUAAAGACAUUGUAUCCUGUUGGCGAUUAUGCCGCAGAUACACUCAACAACCAACCAGAUAUGUACGGUCCUUUCUGGCUCUCUACUACAGUAGUUUUUCUUGUGUUUGUGUGCUCUUCUCUGGCUGGAUCCCUUGCUGCCUAUUUGGCCGGAGCCCCCCAUGUGUAUGAUUUCAGAUUACUUAGCUAUGCUGUAUUUGUGGUCUACACAUACACCUUUCUCUCGCCUGUUCUUCUCUGGGGUGCAACAAAAUAUUAUGGUUGCCAACCCAGCCUUAUGGAAAUAAUUAACUACUAUGGCUACAGUCUCACAGUUUGGGUUCCAGUAUCUCUUUUAUGUGUUCUACCCUUUGAUUAUGCACGCUGGGCAUUUGUCUCCAUUGGAUUUGCUUUGACAGCUUUCUUCCUGGUCAAGAACCUCUACAUUGUCAUUUCACGAGCAGACGCAAAGACCUCUCGUAUUCUAUUGCUGGCUAUCUUGGCUGCUCAUGGUAUCUUUGCCUUAACAUUGAAGCUUGCCUUCUACAGCUACGAUCUUCCCGUAAUUACUAAACCCAAGGAUUCAUAAUAUAUUAUAUAUUCUAAAGAUUACACACAACAAU